GCCCUAGUCAGUAAGGCUUUCCAUGACUUGCGCCAGCUACGGGAGAAGACUGACAAAGCUUGCUCAGUGUACGAUCGCAUGGUGGCGGACCUCGACCGGCAGCGGGGACGCAUCCGCGGCCUCAGUGCGGCGCUCGGCAAGGCGGAGGAUGCACACGCAAAGUUGGCACAGCAGUUGCAUGAACUGGACAUUUCCGCCGUCCUCCAGGGCAGCGCUCAGCAUAUCCCGAUCUUGAUCGAGUCGUUGUCCAAGCCACAGGACGACUUCGAGCUCUCUGGCAAAGAUCUGGAAGAAGCUGAAGGGAG